AUGAACAACGCGUCUGUUGAAUUUAUUGAUAAUCUAUCACAGACAGCAUCUUGUUACGGAUUGCCGUAUGGAAUCUUCGGGAUAGUCUGUUGGGUUAUUACAUUUUCUGGAACUGCCUUAACAUACGCAAAUUUUCCUCUAUUUUCACCAUGGCAAUGGGGAAAAGAUUAUAAACCACAAGAUCCAUUACUGCUUGUCAUUAUAGGUGGUAUGGUGAUAGGACCAACUUGCUAUACAUGUGCCAGUUGUCGCGCAGAAUGGGAAUUGAUACUUAUCGCGCUUGGACAGUUAUCUCCAUUUGCUUUAAAGAUAAUUAGUGAUGGUUUCGUAGGUGAAAAGAAAUCUUAUCGUACUUUUGGCAUGAUUUUAAUGGUUCCGCUAUCUAUUCUUGGUUGGGUGGGUACUACGAGAUUGUAUAUUCAUUUGAUGCACACGACAAAAGUUAUUCCUUGGAUAUGGAUAAUAUAUACAGUAGCAAUAACAGCAUUAGUAGUAGCGGGCUGGCCUGAUAUCAUCAAUUGUUUUCUUUGUUGGAAAACGUCUGCUAUUUCUAGAUUUUCAAUAUUAAUAAGAUUAAAAUUCUGGUAG